AAUUAAGACGAUCGAUCAUCUUCAUCACUGUGCAUGCAGACAAGAGUACUCCCUCUCACGGCUCCAAUGGUGAUGGCCAGAAACUCGCCUCAAAUGCCAAACCUGAAAACCACGAAUCAACAAAGCUCUCUACUUACGAGGAAGAGACCCAGGAAGCCACCAAUCGACAGAGGCGAUCCCCCUCAGACCAACUCUACUCUCAAGGCCAAACAGGUGACAAAGAAGACAGAUUCCGGCACACCUUCCGGAAUCAAUAUUCUUUCCAGGGCUGCACCACCGCCGAUAAGUAAAGGUGACCCUCCUCAGACGAACAGUGUUCUCAUGGCCAAACCCAACAAGCCUGAGAUAGAUAAAGGCAACGCUUCCCAGCAUAACGCUAUUAUCGAGGGAAGCAGCAGUGAGGAAGCUCACGCUGCGAUUAGCAAGCCGAUGGAUCAUCACGAAGUAGGGAUGACAGUUGAGUUGCUGAGUGUUGAGUGAAUUAAUUGAUGAGAUUCUAUUCYCUGCUUUUUGAGAAUUUCCCUCGUUUAUUCAACUGUUUUCUCCUUUUCUGCUUCAAAGGUGCAUGUAUUAUCAAGAGAACUGUACUCUAGUUUGUUUGGAAUUUGAAGAAUUAGCUGUAAUCGUUGAUACUGCGCAAUUAAUAAGUGCAAUUACAGUACCAAAGAAAGUGAUAUAGCAAAUAUCAUCCACAUCAAUCUKCAUCUUACAUGUGGUGAUCACCUCAGAGGUGUAGUUUUGAGCUCAAUGACCAACCCGUGCGGACCAGUGUUGAGUCAURUAUGUGGUCUUAGCAUCCUUAAAACAACUAUUAAAUCGAAUAUUUGAUAUUCGAUGGAUAUCAAA